UAGCUCCUCUCUGCUGUAUCAGCAUGAUCAUUAUCAUGGUCAGGUUCUUUAAUUAUUGUGAUUGCAUUUUUAAUUUAAUCAGCAGAUGCAAAUGAGUUGGCUAUCUAUGGCCCCAACCCAUAUCUUGGCAUGUAAAUUUAAAGAAAGAGACAAGACUUUUCCUAACCCCAAUAAAACAGGCCUGCUAAACAAAGCCAUUACCCUCUCGAACAUCCCUUUCCUCUACGGUUCUUGCGCCUCCGUUUCGGCCGAGUGCCAGAGAUUUUGCCCAGCUUGAUCACUCACAUAAAUGCUUCAUUCUUUCAAAUAUGAGGGUUUCCUCUUCUUCUUCCUCAUCACCUCACUCUAUGUGUAAACACUAGGGUUAAAAUGUUUGGCAGGAACCCUUACCUCAUCCCGCCCCGUUCCGCCCCCGGCCCCGUCGACCUCGACGGGGUCGAAAUCUUGCUCCACCACCACCACCACCACUACCCCGAGGCCUUCCCGGGGCUCUACCUCGCCCACGCCCACGCCGCCGAAGACGGCGGCGUGGGCGUGGGCGCCGAGGCCGAGGCCGAGGCCUCGGCGCCCCCCGCGAGGAAGCAGGCGGGGGCGAAGAAGGAUCGGCACAGCAAGAUAAACACGGCGCAGGGGCCGAGAGAUCGGCGGGUCCGCCUCUCCAUCGGCAUUGCGAGGAAGUUCUUCGAUCUUCAGGAGAUGCUGGGCUUCGACAAGCCCAGCAAGACGCUCGAUUGGCUGCUCACCAAAUCGAAAACCGCCAUUAAAGAGCUGGUGCAGAGCGCCAGCGGAAACUCCUCCCCCUCUGCAUGCGAGAUGAUCUCUUCCGAGAACGGAGGUGAAUACUCCAACGCCAACCGGCGGAAGGACAAGGCGGCGGCGCCCAGCGUCGCGAAGGAGUCGCGGGCGAAGGCGAGGGCGAGGGCGAGGGAGCGGACCCUCGAGAAGAUGUGCAUCAAGCAGCUCGGUGGAGAUAGGUGUGAUGCUUCUGAUCUCAACGCCUCAUCAUCGUUUCAAUGCAGGAACAAUCAACAGCUUGAGUUUUUGCAGCUCUCUGCAGGCUCCUCCACCGCCGCCGGAUUCCGCGACCAUCCCGUUUAUCAUUUCCCCUCGCCGCCGCCCACGCAAGACCUAAUUCAAGAAUCGGUGGUGAUCAAACGCAAGAACAAGAUUAAUAGCAAUAACCCUUCCUCGCUUUUGGGGUUUCAGCAAAAUCUUGUGUUGAACUCAAACUACAUGAUCCCAUCCGCCGCCAAUGAGAAUUGGGAUAAUGUUUUUGGGCAAUCCAACUUGCAUGCCGCCUUUGAUCACCACAAGUUCUUCAAUAGCAGCUCAAACAUAUAGGAAGAAGAAGCUCUUUCGAUUUCGGACUAAUGUUGCUCAUUUUGUGUUUAAAGAAUUGAUGUAAGUUCUUUUGCUACUUUGAUUUUGAGCAAUUAAUUCAAUAUUGAUGUAAUAUCUUUUGUCUCUGAACUUAAUUCCUCAAGUAUAUAGACUAUGGAUCAAUCUUUUCUAUUAUAAAUGCAAUUUGCUUUUGUCAUGA